CUUUGUCUCUGUAGGAGGGUGGAUAUGAGACUAUAGCAAGAAAGAUAAAAGCAAGCAAGUCCAGCACUAAGAGGAAGGGAUGGGGAUUGAAAAAUUACCAUGGCAUUUUCUUACUCACUUCUUUUGGCUUGGAGUGAUGGGAGUUGAUGCCUCGUCAUGGACUGCUGAGGUGCCCAAGUCCGUCUCCGGCCUACGGGGCUCAUGCAUCGUGAUUCCCUGCUCAUUCAACUACCCAGAACCAGAGAAGAAGCCCUCCGAAUUCACUGGCAUCUGGUUCAAAGGCACCCAUGAUACUAUAUACCACCCAGACAGCUCCAACAUCAUCAAAGACUACAGGGGUCGUACAGAGCUGGUGGGAGACCUCCGGCAGAAGAACUGCUCUCUCAGAAUCGACCCCCUCCAUGACAGUGACAAAGGAUCCUUUACUUUCAGGAUUGAAAUGGAAGACCAUAACAAGUAUUCAUACAAAGAGGACACAGUCUCCAUUACAGUGAGCAGCUCUCCAGACCCCCCCUCUCUGUCAGUGAGGGAGGAGGUGAAGGUGGGGGAAGUGGUUUCUGCCUCCUGCUCUAUGUCUCACUCCUGCCCAUCUGAUUCCCCUCUCCUAACCUGGAGCCACUCCGGAACACACAGUGUCCAAUCACAGCAGCUGACCAAUGUCCAGUGGGAAGUGACGUCAUCCCUGACCUUUAGCCCCAGCAGCACUGAUCACAACCAGCCUCUGGUCUGCACAGCAGCAUACAGGGGAGGGAAGACAGUGAAAAGUUUGAAAACUCUCAAUGUCAAAUAUAAGAUGUCGAUGCUCUACGUUUCAAUUGGUAUUGCUGCAUUAGUGGUGGUAGUAAUACUAAUUUCCAUGUCAGCAUGCCUUUUGAACAGGAAGGGUGGGAGGAGUCAUAGGGACCUGUCAGUAACCUGCAAGCAGGAAGUGCAAACAGCCAAGUGUGCUUCCUCAGAUCCCUCAACAUCAAGGAAAGAGCAGAAAGACACCAGCAGUGAAAUCCACACAAACUACUACACCAACGAUCACGUAUAUGGAAACAUGGAGAUUGAAGAGGAUGGGGACCCAUACGAGUGUGAUGGUGGAGACGAAGCAGUCUAUGGUAACAUGUGAACACAACAGGAAGCAUGUGGAAGUCAGCUGGCCCAGAGGCCAUGGUGUUCAGUCUCUCAAAGGUUCCGGUAAAAUAUUAACAUUUUAACCCAAUGUAGCAGAACAUAUUAUAUAUAUUAUGUAUAUAUAUAUAUAUAUAUAUAUAUAUAUAUAUUAUAUAAUAUGUUCUGCUACAUUGGGUUAAAAUGUUAAUAUUUUAAAACCAAACUGUUUAUCAUAUAUAUAUAUAUGUAUAAUAUAUUAUAUUUGUUAGCUUGAUGUAGGUUUAUGGUACUAUUGGCUAAAGAAAAUGGUACAUUCUUAUUUGGGCUGUGGCUUUGUGUUAUAUCUUUUACAAGGCUUAUGUUUAUUAUCUAUGGCUUGGAUAAUUUAGAAAGGUUUUUACUAAAUGUCAAUUAUACACAAAAUACUAACCAGUACUUAACAAUAGCUUGUUUCACACUUCCCCAGUUGUCUAUUGCAAUUGUGUGUUGAGGCGGCAGGUAGCCUAGUGGUUAGAGCUUUGGGCCAGUAACCAAAAGGCUGCUAGAUUGAAUCCCUGAGCUGACAAGAUAAAAAUCUGUCGUUCUUCCUCUGAACAAGGCAGUUAAACCCACUGUUCCUAGGCCGUCAUUGUAAAUAAUACUUUGUUCUUAAACUGACUUGCCUAGUUAAAUAAAGGUUAAAAUAAAAUAAACAUUUCAAAUCUGA